UUCCUCACCACUCCAUUCUUUCCUCCCACCUGACUCAGACCUCCAGGGACCCUCAGCCAUGAGGACUCUCGCUCUCCUCGCUGCCCUUCUCCUCUUGGCCUUCCAGGCCCGGGCUGAGACCCUGCCAGAGAAAGCUGACCAGGUUCCUGCUCAGGACCAGCCUGGGGCCGAGGACCAGGACCUGUUUGAGGAUGAGGACCGGGAGGUGGCCAUCUCCUUCCCAGAAGGGGGACGCCUAACUCGACAACUAGGAUUACCGCCAUUUGCCGUAUGUAAGUGCCGAUUCAGACUCUCCUGCAAGACCUUCGAGCGUAACCUGGGGAGUUGUGGAAAACUGGGUCUCUCCAAGCUUUGCUGUAAAUGAGCUUUGUGGACCAAGACCCAGAGCACUGUGGGAUUCCACUGAAGACCUGGACAAGCGUUUAAUUUAGUCUUUCUAUCUGUACCUUUUCUUCUUCGUCUCUCCAGAAUAAACUUCAAGCAUUAAACUUA